CGCAGUGCCUGUUGGGAUGUAUGAGAGACAUUAAAUAACAACGGUGCGGGGCGGGGACGGUGCAGCGUGUUCAGAGCCAAAUGAGCGAAGAGGUUGCUAAAAUGGCAGAGAAUGGAGAAGCUCAAGAAACAAUUCCUCUGGAGAAGAAGACGUGUGAACCGAUGGAUGUUGCUAAAAUGGCAGAGAAUGGAGAAGCUCAAGAAACAAUUCCCCUGGAGAAGAAAAUAUGUGAACAGAUGGGAAUUGCUAAAAUGGCAGCAAAUGAAGUAGCUCAAGAAAUAACUCCCCUAGAGAAGAAGAUAUGUGAACAGAUUGAAUAUUAUUUUGGUGAUCACAACUUGCCGCGAGAUAAAUUUCUCAAAGAACAGAUAAAGUUGGAUGAUGGUUGGAUACCCCUGGAAACCUUGAUCAAAUUUAACAGGUUAAGCCGUUUAACGACAGAUUUCACUGUGAUAGUAGAAGGUCUCAAGAAAUCAAAAAGUGGACUUAUGGAAAUAAGUGAAGACAAAACUAAAAUUCGUCGUUCUCCAAGCAAGCCUGUGCCUGAGUUUGAAGAAUAUAAAAACUCUGUGAAAGCAAGAUCUGUAUAUGUUAAAGGCUUUCCCACAAGUGCUACACUUGAUGAGAUUAAGGGUUGGUUUGAUGAAACUGGGCCCGUGGAGAAUAUACAGAUGAGAAGAACACUGCAAAGGCAGUUCAAGGGAUCAGUGUUUGUUAUCUUUGAUAGUGUAGAUUCGGCCACAAAAUUUGUAGAAACCCCAGGGCAGAAAUACAAGGACAAUGAUAUGAUUGUGCUUUUCAAGGAAUCUUACUUUGCAAAGAAAGCUGAAGAAAGGAAGCUACAUAAGACAGCAAAAAACAAAAAAACUGAGAAAGACCAUGCAGGUGGUGAUGCUGCGCUUGACAAAAAAUGCUUCGAGGAAAAAACAGGGUGUUUGCUGAAGUUUGCUGGUGACCUUGCUGAUCAGACUUGCAGAGAAGAUAUUCAUGAAAUUUUCUCCAAUCAUGGUGAAAUACAAUGGAUAGAUUUUAUAAGAGGUGCUAAAGAGGGAAAUAUCCUUUUUAAAACAAAUGCAAAGGAAGCACUUGAAAAGGCAACAGAAGCCCACGGAGGAAAACUGCAAUUGAGAGAUAAAGAUGUCACUUGGGAAAUAGUAGAGGGUGAAGAGGAGAAAACAAUUUUGAAAAAGAUAUUGGAAGAUCAGAGGGAGUCACUAAACAAGAGAAGCUUCAAAGCUCGAAGGGGUAGAGGAAGAGGUGGUAAGGGAAAUUCAGGACAACAACGGGUGCAAUUUCAAGGCAAAAAAACAAAAUUUGAGAGUGAAGAUGAAGAUGGUGAUGAGGGAGUGGAACAAACAACAGAAAUUACUGCCACCAGUCCAAAGAAGAGAACCCUUGAAGAAACUAAAAUUCUAGAUGAGCCUUCAGCAAAACAACUGAAAACAGAAGAUAAAGUUGCUGAUCAGUAGGAUUCGAUUGAUGUGCAAACCAAACAAAAUUACCACAUGGCCUGAUGCAAGGUGUUUUAACUAUAUUUAAUUUUGAUUUCUGCAUUGUCUCCAUUGAAUAUCUUCCAGAAGGAUGGAAUUUAUUUAAACGAAAACCGUAUGAAGUCCACCUCAAUGUCGAUCUAGAAUUUAAAGAAAAGUAUUAAACUGUAUAUUUGAAGAUGCCUUACUGCAUGCUUAAGAUUUGUGUAGAUGUUUUUUAAAAAACAUUUUACUUUUGUUAAUGAUUGAUUUACUUUAUUGACUGUUUAUUCAUUUCCUUGCAGAGAUUAUGUACACAAGGUUGUGAUACUAAUACCUUGGAAGUUUGACAGUCUAGUCUUAAUACAAAACUAAUGUAAAUAGUCUGCAAAUUAUUGAAUAAAACAUUACUUUGAAUUA